AGAUUAUGAUUUCCGAUAAGGUUGCUCAUCUCCGACUGGAGCGCUGGUCUUGGCCGGUGCUUUUAUAUUUCCCCAUUGGAAUAAUUCUACUGGCAGUUCGUUUGGCACUAUUAUUGGAAAUAAUUUUGAUUUGGGUUCUCAUUCCUGAUUUUGAAGCAAAGAAAGUUGCCAUGAAGUUCCUAUUCACUGUCAUGGGCCUUCACGUCAAUUUUGAACGUCAGUCCCUGAAAAAAUGUCCAAGAAUUAUUAUAUCCAAUAAAUCUUCUUUAUUCGACUACUUGGCGAUGCAAACAGUAGUGGAUAUCGAUUUCGUAGAUAAUGAAACGAGGCAUCUUACUGUACCACCAGGAAAGUGUAAAAAUUUAGUAAAGGAUCAUUUUGGCGCUAAAAUUAAGUCACUAGAAACUUCUUCAAAUUUCAUCUUCAUGCAGCCUCAAACCUAUAUCUCAAGCAAUGCCUCGGCGAUUUGUCCCGUAGUUCCUGGUAAUCUAGAAGGUGUUAUGCAAGCACAGCUAGUCAUGUUAAAAUUAUGGAGACCUGUUGAUGUUUCAUCCUCAGUGGGUACAAAUACGAGUUACUGGGAUGCGUUAUGGCUCAUGUUUAGUCCCAUUACAGUUGUUGAGAUAUCCUUUGUGGGUAAAAUUGAAAGAGAAAGUACAGUAUCAAAUGAAACCUUCGCACAAGAUGUUGAACAAAGGUUUAGCGAUUACUCAGGUCGACCUGUUCUUGAAGAAACCGAAGAAGAAAUGAGUGCUUUAUUGUUCAAAAAUGCCCAGAAGACAAUUGAUCUAACAACCAUUAACGAGAAAUCAAAUGAAUUUUAUUCUAAACUAACGACAUCGGAUCGCUUCACCAUAAGAGCAGAAAAAGUUAAAGAAAUGAUCCAAACUGAGCGUGCGAAAUACCUAAGCCGUAAAAACAGUUCUAACUAAACGAAAAAUUACCCUCCAAUUAUUUCUUGUCACAUCCAGAUAUUGUUGCAUGAGUCUCUUUAAAUAGUAUUAGAUCAAUAUCACUGCGCAGAAUUGAUAUAAAUCAACUUAAUUUGACUUAACCUUCGUCUAACUUGAACUUCGGUAAACUUUAAGUUAAACGUAAACUGUAAAUUGUGUUCUUUCAGUGAAAUUGAAUGAAAUUGGUACUCCAUUUUAAAUACGAUGUUUGCGAUAACUUAAUUUGAUCACUCAUUGUUCUGGGAAGCUAUUUUUCCUGCUAGUUGGAUUACUUGCUGCAGAAAGAAUCAAUGUUUCUCCAACAAUGGGUCCAAGUAGUCCUGAUAAUUUAGCCUCACGUGAAAGUGAAAGGCAAAUUUCGCCAACUCUGUCGAGCUACGUGGAUUAUCAACUCAUUGAAGAUACAGUGUUUGACUUUAGACCAUUCCCCAAUUGUGACAGCACAUCAGGAUCUCUAUUAGACAUUCCACUAGAUAGGGUGAUUGGUAAACAGGAAUGGACCAGUUGCUCCUUCCAAGACAGAAGUAUUGCCCAUCUGGUUAUGUGUGAAGUAACGAUGACUACAAUUGCAGCAUCUAGAUUUGAUGACCUUUUUGUUGAUUAUCAGGAAAAGGAACAAUCAACCGAGGAAAACGACAGUUUUGGUGGUUCAGAUGGUUAUAUAAAUGAGUCGAAAAUGAUUGACAGCCGAGACGAAAAUCUUCGAGCUGCCUCGGAUGCUAGCAGCUCCGACAACAAAUCAGUUUUGUCGGACACCACCCAACCUGGCCGAGAAGAGCACACAACAGAAUUUAUGAGCCGACUCAUUGAUGAUCAGAUUUCAAUUGGCGACGAAACUAGCAAGUCGAGAUCAUCGAUCGAAACUUUGACCCCGAGGGCGAGAGGUGGAGCUUUCUGUUUUCCAGAUUGCCGGUCGUCCGUUCCUCAGAAACAAAAUCGGCAAAAGGUCUCAGAAGAUGUUAUGAAGGUGUAUCCUAUUGUUUGUCCUUCUGAACUGGCGACAGAGUGUCUUAAGUGCACUCAGCAGAAAGAGCAACAUAAUGGAUCAGUUGGAACUACGCUUAGAGACCUCAACAUCAUCUUCAGACAAACUGAGGUAACACUAGAAGAAAUCAAAGACAGGUUGUCAUGGGAACCCAUCAUCGGCAACGAAAAAGUAGUGGAAGUUUGCGACAAACCUCAAAACCCUUUCUUGCACAUGAGAGACGAGCAGAAUAUGCGUUGUGCGUUCUGCGGUCUGAAAACUGACUCUAAUCGGUACGUCGGCUUCCAGUUCUGCUUCUAUUACGGCAAGUUUGGAUGUAAUACAUGUGUCACUGGAAAAACAAACAUAAUUCCCGCUAAGAUUAUAUUUAACUGGGACUUCCACCAGUUUGCGGUGUCAAAUCUAGCCAAAGAGUUUUUUGAGCAGACGGAAUUUAAACCGAUUUACAACCCAAGAGUUUUGUGUCCGCGAUUUCUAGAAGAGUCAAGCAAAAUGGCAAUCAUGCGUCGAAUCGAAGAUUUGAGGUUGAAAAUAUCUCUGGUUAUGGAAUGCAUAGACGCUUGUGAUGUUCCCGACGCGGUCAGAUACAAAUCAAAAAUCAGAUCACAUUUUCACAAAACGAGAACGCAUUUAUUUGAAGCCACAGGAAAUUAUUCGCUACAAGAUUUUGUGGAAAUUUCAUCAACUCGAGUUGAUAAUAUGGAACAUUACCUAAAACAAAUUUUAGCACAGACUAAAUAUCAUUGCGAGAGGUGCUCGUUCUGUCGCCAAAGAUACAAACUUUGUCUGUUGUGUAAAGACAAAGAACUGGUUUUCCCGUGGUACAACGACUCUGUAGUUUCAUGUGAAAAUUGUCAAAGAGUGUUCCACAAGAAAUGCGCGGAUAGAAAGGCAUCACUAAUUUGCCCGAGUUGCAAUUCUAGCACGAUUGCAACAAAAACAUCCCGAAGACUUACAGGAAUUGUGUCAAAUAGUCCGAAUUCAGUUUGCUAAACUAACGGUAAUUCUCUGGGAAAGAACUACUUCUUUUUGCCGAGUUUUUACUUGGACGUAAAAAUACAGAAGCUCAAAGUCGGAAAUCCAGCAGGAAAAGAAUCAGAAUAAUUUAAAAUUCAAGAUAGCUAUCAUUUAUUCUUUUAUAUGAAAUUACACGAGCAUUUGUGAAAUUUUUAUU